AUAAAUUACAGUAACCACCUCCUGCUCCGAGCAGGAGCUUCUAGACUCCGAUCACCGUAUCCGUCACCGGAACUACCGCCUCCGCAUCUCUAAGAACAUUCAUCAACAUCUAGGAGCAACAGGAAAUUUCAAUUUUCUAAAACUAUGGCAAGAACGAUGGCGACCAUCAUUGUCAUCCUCUGCUCCUUUUCCAUCCUUAUCUUGGCCACUGAGAGGGUUCAAAGGUCAUCUUCUUUGAUUGGAGGCAGUGGUAUAAAACAGUUGCGAUUUGAUGAACAGGGAGAGUUUAGGAUUCUGCAGGUGGCUGACAUGCACUAUGCUGAUGGAAGGCAGACCCCUUGUGAGGAUGUGUUGCCUGAACAGUUUGCCCAUUGCUCUGACCUAAAUACCACUUUUUUCAUUGAGAGAAUGAUCCAGGCUGAGAAACCUGACCUCAUUGUUUUUACUGGAGACAAUAUCUAUGGAGCAGAUACAACCGAUCCAGUAGCUUCCAUGAAUGCAGCAUUUGCCCCUGCCAUAACAUCAAACAUCCCAUGGGCAGCUGUCUUAGGGAACCAUGAUCAAGAAUCCACAUUGUCAAGGGAAGGUGUCAUGAGAUAUAUUGCUGGAAUGAAACACACCUUGUCUCAGUUUAAUCCUUCGGGUGUUGGUGUUAUUGAUGGUUUUGGAAAUUACAAUCUUGAAGUACAUGGAAUUGAAGGAUCAAGUUCUGUGAAUAAUUCGAUCCUCAACUUAUACUUUCUUGACAGUGGUGACUACUCUACAGUUCCCUCUAUCCCUGGUUAUGUAUGGAUCAAGCCAUCUCAGCAGUUUUGGUUUCAACAGACUUCUAUGAAGCUUCAGAACAAAUCAAAAGCUCCUGGACUCGCUUACUUCCAUAUCCCAUUGCCUGAAUAUGCAAGCUUUGACUCCUCAAACUUUACGGGCGUGAAACAAGAAGGGAUCAGCUCUGCUUCUGUGAACUCCGGUUUCUUCACAACACUGGUAGAAGUAGGGGAUGUGAAGGCCGUUUUCACUGGCCAUGAUCACAUCAAUGAUUUUUGUGGACAGCUGACCGGAAUUCAUCUCUGUUAUGCUGGAGGGUUUGGGUACCAUGCUUAUGGAAAAGCUGGAUGGUCAAGAAGAGCAAGGGUCGUUGUAGUGUCUUUGGAUAAAGAGUCAAAUGGAAGUUGGGAAGCAGUCAACUCCAUCAGAACAUGGAAGCGCCUUGAUGAUGAAAAGCUAACUGCUAUUGAUGAUCAGGUACUUUGGAGCAAGACUCCAUCUGGGAAUCGUAGAAAGAGGGAAAACAGCGCUGUUUGAAUCAUUCAAUCAUCCAAAAAGUCUUAUAAACACUUGUAGGAACCACAUAUCACAAUCACACAUGCUGGGAGAAAAAUGAUACUUAUAUUCAGUUCUAUAAGAAUGUUAUUGUGUAUUACCAUGAGUUGCGAAAUGGAAACUUCAAUCAUCAAUGAAUUUAUCAUGCUUUGG